ACAAGUUGGUGCUGCAGGUGCCAGCGCAGGCACUGCUGGAAGGGGACACGGUGAUACUGCGCUGCCGGACUCAGGGAGACAAAUCAGUCACCGGCGUGACCUUCUACCGUGGGGACGAGGAGGUGGGGACGCCCCGCGAUGGGACCGAGCUGUCCCUGUCCACUCUGCAGCUGAACCUCAGUGGCCGCUACAGCUGCGGGGGCUGGCUGGACUCCGAGCUGUCACCGCGCUGGGAAUAUUCGGCGCCGGUGACAGUGACAGUGCACGACCUCAUCCCGGUGCCGGUGCUGGCGGCUCCCCGCGAGCUCAUCGAGGGGUCCCCUCUGCAUCUCAGCUGCUUCAGUAGCCACGGCGCCCUGUGGCCCCGAGUCCCCGUCCUGUACCUCUUCUACCGSGACGGGYRGGUGCUGGGGGGCYCGCAGGAGUCCCCGCAGCUCCUGGUGCCCGCCGCGGGGGUCUCGCACUCGGGGGAUUACAGCUGCGAGGUGCKCUCCGAGGAGGGGGCCGUGCGGAAGAGCAGCGCCCGGCUCCGCGUCACGGUGCGCAGUAAUGGCUUCUCCCUAGGCCGGUAA